AUGCCUGCGUUAGCAAUGCAUGUACUGACGCAUAAGCUAGCGCAUCGGUGUGGUGUGUGCGGGAAGCAGUUCUCAAGGCCAUGGUUACUUCAAGGUCAUCUAAGGUCACACACAGGCGAGAAACCUUACGGUUGCGCACAUUGCGGGAAGGCUUUUGCUGAUAGGUGA